UCCCAAACCCCCCGAAACCGCGCAAAACUGCCGCGCCGGCGCGUGAGCCCGCCAUGACACCACACGGCGCUGAACACCCACUUCCACUUCGCUCGCAUUCCCCGUCUUCCCAAAACGGCCCCCAAACCGACGAGAAAAAAAAUGCCGCGGCUGGCGCCAGCGGACGCGACCCUAAUCCUGGACCACGUCCUCGGCGACCCCUCCGUCCCCGCCGCCGCGGCGCAAGCGCUCCUGGCCGCGCUCCCCUUCCCCUCCCACCCGACCCCGCGCCUCCGCCGCGCGGUCCUCCUCCGCGGCCUCGCCUCCGACCCGGUCUCCGCCUCCGCUCUCGACUCCCUCCACCUCCUCGCCUCCCUCCCCUCCCCCUCCCCCUCCCCCUCCCCCGCCGCGGCUUCGGCCCACCUCGCCGUCGCUGCCUUCCUCGCCGCGUCCGCGCCCGACUUCGACGCCGCCGCGCGGGCGCUUUUCGCGCGCCCCGACGGUCGCGCGCGCCGCGGGGUCGGUGGGGUGUCACCCGCGUUCGGCUCCGACGAGGCCGCCGCCGUCGCGGACCAGUUCGAGGCCGCUGUCGGGAACUCCUUCUCGCAGGUGGUGCUCAGGGGGCUGUGGGGCCACAGAGCUGCAGCGGAGGAGCGGGUGAAGGGUCUCCUCGCCGCCGAAUGGGCCGCGAUUGGGCCGUCGCGGCUGGAGGCGGCGGCCGAGCGGAUCGUUGGGAACGGGGCCCUCGAGACAUGGCGUGCGGCGGAUGAGACCACCCGCGCCAAGUACCGCGUGCUAGCUGGGAGAGGGAAAACACGUGAGAUUCUGGGCAAACUUGAAGAACCUACCUCUCAUGUAAAUCCAAUUUCGACGCCAGAAGUUCAUAAGGUGGUGGAUGCGCUUAAAACAAGUUGUGCCGACCUCCACAGUGUAGUGGAAGAUCCACUUCCAGCUGCGAAGGCAGCUGCAGAUGAGGUGUUGGCUACAAGGAUGGAUAAGGCAGUUAAUUUAAAUGCUGAAGAAGUAAGUGGUCAGCCAGCGACUUGUGGCACUGCAGGCCCAAGUGCUCUUAAUGACAGAGAUAAGGGUUUGAGUAAAGGCACACCUCACAGCCUUAUGGAUUGGAACCCAACAGCACGGACCUUUCAGUGGGAGGAGUCACCUGAUCCUGAGAGUUUGGAACCACCGUUACGUAGACCGCACCUGCCUAGCCCAAGGAGAAUGCCAGUUUCUCCUUUGCAACCGGCAGGAAACAAAAAUAAACGUAGAAAGGCAAGGAAGUGGUGCAUGUUAGAAGAAGAAACAAUAAGAAAGGGUGUUGAACAGUAUGGUAGUGGCAAUUGGAAGGACAUUUUAACUAACAAUCCAGAUGUUUUUAUCGGUAGAACACCGGUGGGUACUUGGAUAUUACAGUGGAGUUGCUUUGGUUACUAAUCUUCCAUGAAGUAUGACUGAUUGUAUGUUGUAGGUGGACCUGAAGGAUAAGUGGAGGAACAUGAUGAGGUAAUGGAGAAACUUUAGGUGGACAAGAUGCUGGAGGUUGUGUUUAGGGAUGUAAGUUUAGUAUUUUCUGGGUCAUUGGGUCGACCUACAACUCAAAAAAUUGAACUAAAGAUUCACUCCUACCCAAUUAAAUUAAGGGAAAAAAAAUAAACUAAGUGCUGACCCAGAACUACCUAUUGUGUACCCACUUGCAUCCCUAGCCGUGUUCGUUCCGGCUGAAGUAACCUUUAGACAUAGGGCGCAUUCUGGUGGGUUUGCCUAUGUUGAAGCAGCAAGCCUUUUACCACUGUAGUUGGGAUGCAUUUUGUGACGGCACUAACGUAGGACCAGUAGACUCCAUCAGAAUCUCCACCUGCGCUGAUCUAGCCCUGACCAGCAACAACCAACAAAUGCUUAGCGUGUAGCGUCUUCACAGCAGAAAUGUAUUGAAUUCUGUUCUGUAUCUGUUGCCCUGAUACUUGUACAGUAAUUUUGCGCCUGCUUGGUUGCUUGUGUAUGUUCUGUAAUGCUUGAGUGCUGUGCUGUCGAAGUACACUGUAACUGUACAUGCCUGCUGCCAUGCCGGAUGCUCGAUGAUGAUAUGAGAAUUAUGUGUACACUGUUGCAAAGAUACCUAUAUUGCAAAAUACCCUUGGAUGUGAGGGUGAUAUGUGGA